AUACAGCGACAGUGCCAUCGGUGCCACCACUAAUACACAACUAUAAAAGUCGUCGAAUAGCAAUAAUAAAUAGGAAUAGUUAUAGUUUUUUGCAUUUAAUAUCGUUCAUUAGUUGUGUUCCAAUCGACCGUGGGUCCCAGUGAGUUACCUACACUACCACCCAAAGCGGAAGCUGGGCGAAAAGGUGUUUAAUUUGGCGUGCGCAUUUCGACACCUUUGUCAACGCUGAUUCUUAUUUGUUGGACCGUCGACCAGCGCACACACUUACGCGUACAUAUACAAAUACUGGCACAGAAGUGUGUGGAAGGGGCAGACAAACAACCGUGCGAUAACAACAACAAUCGGCAGAGAUCGCGGCGAGAAAUGGAAAUGGCCAACAACAUGAUCAGCAACAACAGUGGCGGCAGCAGCACCAAUAACUCCACCUACGGCAACAGCAGCUACAACAAUAGUGCAGUAGACAGUGGUCACAGUUCGCAGGGUGGUGGUGGAGGCGUUGGCGAGGGGGCGCGUUUGCAAGAUGUGUGUAACAUUCUAAACACAGGCCCCACCGCUUACCAAAUUCCAACAGGUGGCUGUGCCUACGACCACAUCAUCGCUCUAAUGCGAAACCUCGAUCUGCAGGACGAUGGCAUCGUGUUGAACUCCAAGAUCAAGACCAUCGAAACGGACUACUGCAACAUUGUGCGCGACGAGUCGAUGCUGUGCGAAUCCAUGGAGUACCUGAACGACAAGGCUCUCGGUGAUGGCGACACAGCGCUAAAGUUUGCCCUGCUCUUCUCGUCGCGCAACUUUGACGCUUUGGCCAUGAAGGAGACAAAGGUGCGCAGCGCCAUGCUCAAGAUCUUGGAGACGAACUUCCUCAAUGCGGACACUUACCGGGUGCACGACAAGAACCGACUGUACAACUCGAUCACACUGCUGGGCGAAUACUAUCAUAGGGUGCGACUGGCGGACAAUGCCCCGAUCACCAUUUUGGGUGAAUCCCUGCUCGACCUGCUCACCCGUGAGCUGAACGAUACGUCGGUUGUGCUGGGCACUCGAAUUGCCCGCCUGGUGCUGUCGCAGAUCACGCUUAAUGGAGAGAUCAUGCGCAAACGCCAUAAGACGGAGAUCGAUAUGCUUCUCUUUCACGUCCGCCGUCAUUUGAUCAUGCAGCCCGCGCUGACGCCCAAGGUGAAGGCCAUGCUGCUGAUGGUUCUGGACCUUUUCUACAGUCAUUUUAAGCACAUCGGUCAAGACCUGGAGGCAAUGUACACUAAUUUCUUGGUGGUCGAGGAUGGCGAGGAAGAUGGGGUCAACAAUAACGGUGCCGACCAUCACCAUCACUCUGAGGAUGGUCGGGCGCAGCAGCAACAGCUUCAGCAUCAGCAGUCGGAGAAUGGCAGCAGUGCCAACACUUCCGGCCACGAUCAGGAUUCCUUUGAUCCACCGUCGUCCACAAAGAAAUGGAGCGAGCAAGUGUGCGAGGACUCUUUCUGCGAUAUUGGCUAUGGUGAGACCGAACAGGGUGAUGAUAGGUAUUCAGAGACUGGAAGUCAGUCUUAUCCUGCCAAUUCCAUUGCACUUGGCCACCGGCGUCGCGGUUUUCAACCUCGCCAAGUGCCGCGGCCUCUAAAGUCACACCAACCACAACAACACCAUCAGCAGAAUCAACAACCAACCAGCAUAGACAACAAUUCCGACCAGUAUCCAUCCAUGGCCAGCAGCGAGGAUAGGGACGAGAGCAAGCCGCUGCCUAGCUGGCGGAAGACACGUUUCAACCGCAACCACGACGGCGACCAGAGCAACGGACGGUCGCGGGACCAGCAGCGACGAUACAGCUUGAACUGCGACGAUGACCAUCACAGUGUGCGCAGCGAAGGAGGCGGCAACUUGCGACUGUACAGCAUCCACGACAGAAGGAAACAUUCGCAGGAGCGGAUUGAACGCAACAUGACUGGCGGUGGCAACUACAACAGCAUCGUUAACUCGAAUUGGGAUCAGAGAGAUCGCGAUGAUCGCAGCGAGAGGUCCUACAUAAGUAACUACGAACGUGGAAACAACUACAAACGUGGUGGCCGGUUCAACAAUCGAAACACCUACGAUAAACCGCCACGAUUCCAGAAGCAACAACAGCAGCAGCAGCAACAUAUGCAGCAGCCACACCAGGGUGGCGGCCACCAGAAAAUACACAGUGAUACCUGGCGGCGCUCCAACAAUGCCAUAAACAGCGGCUACCAGGAUGAGAACUGUGCAUACAACUCCAAUGGACCAGAGUCGAACAGUCGCAGCUCCUCGAGGGCACGCACACUGCCAAGACCGCCAAAGUCUCAAAUGGAUAAGUCUGCUGGCUAUAGGUAUAACCAGAGUCCCACACAUGGAGCCGGCAAUGGUCCGCGAUUCCCGCGCUACAGUAGUCAGAGCAGUUUGGCCAGCGAGGCAUCCAGCUCAUUUGAUCGCCGCCAGCAGACUUCACCACAACAUCAGCACCAACAUCAACACCAGCGCCAUCGCCACUUCACACGCCGCUCCCAACCGGAUAUCCAUCAGCCGCAAAACGAUGAGAACUGGCAAGCUCAGGGUGGCCAUGGCCAGGAGCAGCCAGCCACUGUAAAAGAGGAGAGCGAACUGGUGCGGAAUGCUCAGCAGACCACCAAGUACAUGAACUAUCUUUCAGCCCAGAAAUGAGACAGACCAGCAGGUCGUCGUCAGGGCAUAAGAAUACUUUUGUGAACUAGUUAAUAUAGUUUAUAGAGUCAUCCCUCAGCCACUUCCACAUAAACUUAAUGUUUUUCAAAGUUUUUUUUGUUGUUCCCUGAGUUGUUUGUAAACCGUUUUUCGUCUUAAACUGAGCUCAAAUGUCAAACUAAAACAACCAAUUCUGCCCAAUCACAAAUCAGAUCAAACUCAAAGUCAGGCUCAAUUAGCAAACAAACCAAACAUGCAUGCAUUAAACAUCGGAUCCAAUCAAUUUGUAAAUAUAUAUAAAUGUCUUAUGUAGUCCCACACACAAACACACCACAUAAACACUCCCACACAAAGAACAGUCACACACUCAUUUUUAUAUUUAUAUAUACAAACUGUGUAGAAACUAAGUACAAAGUCAAUGAAACAAGAAAAAAAGAAAUAAGAAAAAAAAAAAUAAAUCCUAUUUCUAUUGAAAAGAAAAAGCCUGUUGGUUAAAUAUUAAAAAGCAUGUUGAGCAUAAAAAUUUGUAUUUUAGCUAAAUAUAUACAUAUACAUAUAUAUUAAAUGUCAUGUUACAGUGCAGAUUUAUUAAACGAAUUAUACAAGCUAAACGUAUUUUUAAAGCAUAUUUUGUGAGGCCCUCUGUUGGAACAACAAAGACGAGCCGUUUAGCAGUUAGAAUCAUGAACUGUAGAGUUAUUUGAAUAGUCUUAUGUAAACAUGUAAACCCUUUUUGUUUAGGCAUAAUCUUUAUGUUCACAACAUGCGUAGGUUCAAAACACUAAUCAGAUUAUACAUAGCUUCUAACACAUUUUUAAUAAAACAAAAAUUACAACAUGAA